CAGAGCAGCCUUAGUGUCAGCCAUGGGGAGCAAACAGAGAAACAUUUGCCAUUUGGCCAUGGUCUAUUUUCUCUUGAGUUCAACUUCACCUGCUGCAGAUGGUCAGAUCAGAUUAACUGGGUCUGGGUCUACUCGGUGCUCUGGAAGAGUUGAAAUCUAUUACAACAACAUCUGGGGAACAGUCUGUGAUGAUUAUUGGGACUUAAACGAUGCUGAGGUGAUUUGCAGACAGUUGGGCUGUGGUGCGGCACUGAGUGCCCCUCAAUCAGCCCGCUUUGGUGAAGGAACCGGACAAAUCUGGCUUGAUGAUGUGGCCUGUUCAGGAAAUGAGAGGUCUCUAACUCAGUGUCAGCACAGAGGAUUUGGGACACACAACUGUGGACAUAGUGAGGAUGCAGGUGUUGUCUGUUCAGGUGUCAGAUUGGCUGGGUCUACUCUGUGCUCUGGAAGAGUUGAAAUCUAUUACAACAACAUCUGGGGAACAGUCUGUGAUGAUGGUUGGGACGUAAACGAUGCUGAGGUAGUGUGUAGAGAGUUGGGCUGUGGUACGGCACUGAGUGCCCCUCAUUCAGCCCGCUUUGGUCAAGGAACCGGAAAAAUCUGGCUUGAUGAUGUGGCCUGUUCAAGAAGUGAGAGGUCUGUAACUCAGUGUCAGCACAGUGGAUUUGGGACACACAACUGUGGACAUAGAGACGAUGCUGGUGUGGUCUGUUCAGCACUCCUCCCUAAGCCCAGCAUCUCCAUGAAUCCUGCUGCUAAGGUUACCUGGGGUCAGAACGUCGGCAUCACUUGUUCUGUCUUAACUCAAACUCAACAGAUUUUAAGUCCAACAUUUAUUUUGAAAAAGGCUUCAAGUUCAGUUGGAAAGACCCAAACAUCAAGUACCAACUCUGCUACCUUCAACAUGCCUGAAGUCAACUUUGACAACGAAGGAUCAUACCAGUGUCAGUAUAAGAUAACAGUUGCAGGUCAAGACUUCACCUCCUCAAGUGACUCUGUCAGCCUUUCUGUUACUGUGAGAUUCCCGAAACCUCGCAUAUCCAUGAAUCCUGUUGGUGAGGUUACCUGGGGUCAAGACGUUGGCAUCACUUGUGUGAUCUCAACUCAGGUUUUAGGAGGGACGUUCAUCCUGCAGCACUCCUCAGGCUCAUCCAGAAAGACAGAAACGCGUACCAACUCUGCUACCUUCAACAUUGUCCAAGUGGACUUUCACAAUGAAGGAUUGUACCAGUGUCAGUAUCAGACAAGGAGUUCAAGUCAAGAAUUCAUCUCACCCCAAAGUAACGUUGUCAGACUCUCUGUUUCUGUGAGCCUCCCGAAACCUCGCAUAUCCAUGAAUCCUGUUGGUGAGGUUACCUGGGGUCAAGACGUUGGCAUCACUUGUUUGAUCUCAACUCAGGGUUUAGGUGGGACAUUCACCCUGCAGCACCCCUCAGGCUUAUCCAGAAAGACCGAAACGCGUACCAACUCUGCUACCUUCAACAUUGUCCAAGUGGACUUUCCCAAUGAAGGAUCGUACCAGUGUCAGUAUCAGACAAGGAGUUCAAGUCAAGAAUUCAUCUCACCCCAAAGUAACGCUGUCAGACUCUCUGUUUCUGUGCCGCUGCAGCAGCCCAGCAUCUCCCUAACAUCUCCUAACAGAGGGCUGGUCUGGGGCCCUGAAGGUGCACAGAUCACCAGGGGUUUCAGCUUUGUCUUCACCUGCUCCACUUCCUCCCAUUAUCCUGGAGGUGUUUUCCAUCUCAUCUUCUCUGGUUCAAACCUCACCAACACAGAGCCAGCAGUCAACCAGUCAGCCUCCUUUUCCUUCCUGGUGGCUGAGUAUGAACAACGGGGCAACUACAGCUGUGUGUAUGAAGUCACACUGUCCUCGAGGAGAUUCACUUCUACACAGACAGCACCGAUUAGUGUCGUCAUUAAAAUGCCGCUGCAGCAGCCCAGCAUCUCCCUAACAUCUCCUAACAGAGGGCUGGUCUGGGGCCCUGAAGGUGCACAGAUCACCAGGGGUUUCAGCUUUGUCUUCACCUGCUCCACUUCCUCCCAUUAUCCUGGAGGUGUUUUCCAUCUCAUCUUCUCUGGUUCAAACCUCAUCAACACAGAGCCAGCAGGCAACCAGUCAGCCUCCUUUUCCUUCCUGGUGGCUGAGUAUGAACAACAGGGCAACUACAGCUGUGUGUAUGAAGUCACACUGUCCUCGAGAAGAUUCACUUCUACACAGACAGCACCGAUUAGAGUCGUCAUUAAAGUGCCGCUGCAGCAGCCCAGCAUCUCCCUAACAUCUCCUAACAGAGGGCUGGUCUGGGGCCCUGAAGGUGCACAGAUCACCAGGGGUUUCAGCUUUGUCUUCACCUGCUCCACUUCCUCCCAUUAUCCUGGAGGUGUUUUCCAUCUCAUCUUCUCUGGUUCAAACCUCACCAACACAGAGCCAGCAGUCAACCAGUCAGCCUCCUUUUCCUUCCCUGUGGCUGAGUAUGAACAACAGGGCAACUACAGCUGUGUGUAUGAAGUCACAGUGUCCUCGAGAAGAUUCACUUCUACACAGACAGCACCGAUUAGAGUUGAUAUUAAAAUGCAUUUGUUGCCGCUGGUCUCUUCAGUAGCUGCUGGGGGUCUGCUGCUGCUCCUGCUAGUCUUGGUGGUGGUCUGUCUGGUCUGCAAGAGGAGACGACGAGCCAAGCACACUGGAGCCCUCGUCCAAACUCAAUUGGCUGUCAGAGUCAGGAAUGAUUCUGUAGAUAAGGAGUAUGAGGACGACGAGUCUGACUAUGAAAAUGUUGAUCCAGUGGACACCAAGAAGAAUCUUAAAGAGGAAGCAGGGAAAGGGGAGGAAGAGGAGACCAUUGAUUAUGUGGUGCCAGAGAGCGACGAAGAUCAUGAUUAUGAGGAAGAGGACCCAAGGGCAAGUAUUAUAAAGACCAACAAGGUCUAUUUCAGCGUAGAGGAUAACAGAGAAGAAGAAGAAGAUAAUGAAGAUGACUAUGAAAAUGUGGAUCCAAUGGACACCACGAAGAACCUCAAAGAGGAAGCAGGGAAAGGGGAGGAAGUGGAGACCAAUGAUUAUGUGGAGCCAGAGAGCGACGAAGAUCAUGAUUAUGAGGAAGCAGGCCCAAGUGCAAGUAUUAUGAAGACCGAGGUCUAUUUCAGCGUAGAGGAAAACAGAGAAGAAGAAGAAGAAGAAGAAGAAGAUGAAGAUGACUAUGAAAAUGACUAUGAAAAUUAAUUAUUAUAAUUAUUCACUUCUGUAGUUCGGCUAAUUUGGUCAAGACCAAGGGCAAAAAAUUAUACAUUGUAGCAUUUUUCAGCUGUUUCAGUUCCUUUUCACAACACAGUUUGCUCUGGUCCAAAUCAGCUGAUGAUUUGGUGAAAUGAAGCAAAAAUGCAGCAACACAAGUCACAGUCAUUUUGGGCCGAAACAAUCUGAAAAAAAGGCCAAGAAAUCCUGGAGGGACUGACAUUUCCUAAACUGCUCUUUGAUUGGUCAGAAUUAACAUGCAGGAAAAUUCAAACAGAACUCCCGGUUGUAAACCCAGAGAGGAGGAAAAGCCAGCAGACAACAUGUGUUUUUGCCUACUAAGUUCUAUGGAGAGACAACUGCAAGGGUUGAUUGUAGCCCUGGUCAUCAUAGCAUAGCACAGCUGACUACGGCAGCUGGUUUAGUCCAAACAUGCACAGUUCUUCCAGUAGUUGGUUCUGGUCCAGAGGCCUGUUUUAGAAAGCAGAUUUUGUGAAAACUCUGAGUUUGUAUGAGAUGAGGGAAACUCUGGGUCUUCCGUUUCAGAAAGAGAGGUAACUUCA